CUCCAUCUUCCAGCCUACUCGUUCUCUAAAACCCUAAUACAUUCUCUUCUAGGGUUUUUGUAGUUGCUCUUCUCCGCAGCAGCUACAUCGAGACCUGCCUCCCUCACUCAAGAACCCUACUUUGAUUUUUCUUUUCUUCGAUUCUUCAUAUGGGGAAAUCAGCAAAGAAGUCUGCCACCAAGGUCGAGGCAACUCCUGCUGUUGUUGCACAGGAGACCAAAUCAAUGAAAAAAGGCAAGAGAGACGCAGAAGAGAUUGUUGAGAAGAAAGUGGUGAGUAGUAAGAAACAGAAGGUAGUCAACGGUGGUGUAACUCAGGCUGUUGAGAAAAAGAAGGUUGAAACUAAGACCCAAAAGAAGAACGUUAAGAAACAGGAAAGCAGCUCUUCUGAAGAAAGUUCAUCAGAGUCUGAUGAAGAACCAAAGAAGGUUGUGGCUCCAGCCAAGAAGGCAGCCCCUGUGGUAAAGAAGCCUGUUAAGGAGUCAAGCAGCAGUGAUGAUUCUGAUUCUUCUGAUGAUGAACCUAAACCUAAGAAACAGUCCGCUCCUACAGCUAAAAUUGGAUCGAAUAAAAAACCUGUUAGUAAACCUGAAAGUAGUUCGGAUGAAUCUGAAUCUGAAUCUGAAUCAUCAGAUGAUAGUGAUUCCUCAGAUGAAGAAGAGGCGCCAAAGAAGCCAGCUGCUGUUGCCAAGAAUGGUGCUGCUGCAGCCACCAAGAAAGCCGAGUCAAGUGAUGAGUCUGAUUCAGAUGACAGUUCAGAUGAAGAGGAUGCCAAGGCAGCAAAGAAGCCUGCUGUUGUUAAGAAUGGAGCUGCUGCUACUUCUGCAAAGAAAGCAGAAAGUUCUGAUGACAGCAGCUCUGAAGAAAGCGAUUCUGAAGAAGAGGUUAAGGCUGCCCCUGCUAAGAAACCUGCAGCAGCUGCUGCUGCAACCAAGAAGGCUGAUUCUGAUGAUGAAAGCUCUGAAGAGGAGAGUUCAUCUGAUGAUGAGGAACCUCAGAAGAAGAAGAGUAAGCCAACUGAGACAAAAGCUGCUGCUAAACCAGUAGCAAAGAAAGAAGAGAGCUCAUCUGAUGAGGAAGAGGAAAGCUCUGAUGAAGAGCCAGCAAAGCCUCAAGCUGCUAAAAAGGUAGCUGCAAAGAAAGAUAGCAGCUCUGAUGAAGAGUCUGAAGAAGGUGAUGAGGAAGAAAGUUCUGAUGAAGAUGAGAAAAUGGUUGAUGCUCCAUCAGCCAAGAAAGCUCCUCAAACCCCGGCGACUCCUCAAGCUACUGGAUCAAAAACUUUGUUUAUGGGAAAUUUGAGUUUCCAAAUUGAAGAAAAAGAUGUAGUUAAUUUCUUCAAAUAUGCUGGUGAAGUUGUUGAAGUGAGAUUUGCCAUGAGGGAUGACCGUUUUGCAGGCUAUGGACAUGUUGAAUUUGCAACUCCUCAAGAGGCACAAGAGGCUCUCAAACUUAACGAAGAGCCAUUACUUGAUCGCCCUGUGAGGCUUGAUUUAGCAAAGGAAAGGGGUGCAUUCACUCCAGGGAGUGGAGGAAACGAGAGGUCUUUCCAAAAGAGUGGAGGACAGGGUCAAGGACAAUCUAUAUUCAUAAGAGGAUUUGCUUCUGAUGAUUUUGACACUAUUCGUUCUUCUCUUGAGGAACACUUUGGUCAAUGUGGAGAGAUUGCACGCUUGUCUAUCCCAAAAGACUAUGAAUCCGGGGCUCCUAAAGGGGUUGCUUUCAUUGACUUUAAUGAUAGUGCUUCCUUCAAUAAAGCUUUGGAAUUGAGUGGAACUGAAGUUGCAGGAGGUACGAUAACUGUGGAGGAAGCUAAGCCAAGAGGUGAUGGUGGUGGUGGAUCUGGACGUGGUGGAGGUCGUGGCUUUGAUGGUGGCAGGAGCGGUGGACGUGGUGGUAGGUUUGGUGGGAGAGAUGGUGGUGGAUUCAGCGGUGGACGUGGUGGCAGGUUUAGUGGUGGACGUGGUGGAAGAGAUGGUGGCCGUGGAGGACGUGGUGGUAGAGGAGGCCGUGGACCUAACAGGCCAAGCAUGGCUACCCCUGGUACAGGAAAGAAGACGACCUUUGAUUAAGACCAAGGAGUUAAGAGUGAGGGGUUUUGGUUGGAGGUUUUAGGAUAUUGUUAAAGUUAUGGGUUUCAUUUUUCUUUGUUAUGUGAUGAGAUUUUUUUUCUUAUGUGGUAGUUCUGUCUGAAGCUAGCUUAUUGACAUGUUAUGUAAUAUUUUUGGCAAGUUAUAUGUUUUAUUUACAAUCAAAAAUUGAAAUACAAUUUUCUGUCUUCUCUUUGUUCCAA